AUGUCUUUGGAAGAUCAAUCUGAAGAGCUUGCAUCUGAGGAGACGCAGUAUGGCGAUAUCGUCUACGUCGAUGCCCCUCAAGGCUACCAGAAUUUAUGGAGGAAGGCCCUGGCGUUCUUGUCUUGGCUGGAGCAACGUGCCACGGGUAACGGCGAGGAGUAUCACUACGUCAUGCAUGCAGAUGACGACAGCUUCGUUCGCCUGGAUCUGCUGGUGCCGCUCCUGAUGCACUGGCCUCGUCAGCGGCUGUACUGGGGCUACAUCUGGGACGGCACGGGCAACCGGGUCACGGCCCCCAUCCGCAACCCGGCGAAUAAGUCGUACAUGCCUGAGGAGCAGUACUCGCUCGAUUACUACCCGCCCUUCGCCAGCGGCUGCGGGUUCGCACUGUCCCGGGACCUUGUGAGGGCGCUGGUGGCAGCUCCGCUUCCCGAUUACCGGCUGCUGGACCCGCCCUUCGGUAUUCACCUGUGCGGCCCCCCGGGACUGUGCAUACUGGAGGAUGGACCCGUCACGCCCGUACAUGACGACCGCGUACGGCCGUACAGGCCCAUCCCCAUCUUCCGCCCCGAUACGCUGGUGCAGCACUACCUGCGUCCCGAGGAGAUGCAGCCCUUUUUCCAACAGGCUCUGGAGGCCGCGAGUGCAGCAGCAGCAGCGACCACAUGCGACCAGCAGAGCCAACACCAACACGGUGCACCUGCCCAGCUGUACGACAGCCUGGUGUCUCUGGGACUGCUGCGGCGGUGA